CAGACAGACAGAUGAACUGAAAGAGGAAGCAACGCCAGUGUCUGAUUAGAGUCCUACGAACACACACCGGCCACUGUUCCUCUGUCACUGCUCGCCUUUUUCACCGUCAGAAUGGACAUUCAGUCAUCAUGUGAUCCCAUAAACACUCGGGGACAAGGUGAGCAAGAGAAGAGGAACCAGGAAGUAUGCGAGAACAAGGAACAUGACGAACACGAGAACAAGGAUGGCAAAUGUGACAGAACAAUAUGUCAAACGUCUGCGGCAACGGAGGAAAAAGCAGAUCGAGAACAAGGGCAGCGCGAGACCCAUCGUCCAGAAGCGGAGGAGGAGGAGAAGGAGAGUAAGGAAAAGGCUCAGGAAAGAGAUGUCCUCAAAGUCCUGGAGUGUGACGUCCGAGGAGCAGUGGUCGCGGACAAGGGCGAGGGUGCCGUCUUGACUUCGUGGGCGGCGGAGGACCUGAGUAAAAAGGGAGACAAUUACUUGAGUUCUGUGAAGCGCGUGAAGGCCCAGGUGACGAUCGGAGGGCGUGAGGAACAGCUGACGUAUGUUGCCAAAGUCAAGAUGCUCUUUUCCGACGCCUUUAAGGAGUUUUCCAACAUGUCCUUCUUCAAAGAACACGAAUUCUACACGAAGCUCUUGCCGGAACUGAACGGCGUGUUGGCGGAAGCAGGACUGAAUCCCCUGCGAAUUCCCAAAUUCUACCACUACAACAAAUCCGAAGAGCGAGAGAUAAUGAUGCUAGAGGACCUCACGGCUCGAGGUUACCGGAUGGCCGACCGCAAGAAGGGGCUGGACGUCGCCCACGCAGUACUCGUCCUGCAGGAGCUGGCGAGAAUCCACGCCUCUUCAGUCCUCCUGCAGCAGAAACACCCAGGUGAAGAACUUAGGGUCCGGCACAAGUUCCUGGCGCUCGACUGGACAAAGAACAGCAAGAUAUCGAGAGAAGACAUCGGCGCGGCCAUAUCGGGAGACCUUCUGACGGCGGCAGGGAUUGCGGAGAACUCUAAAGGGUACGAGGACGUGGCAAGAUGGCUGAGGGAGCUGGAGCCUCGAGGAGUUGAUGUCUUUGAUGAACACCUGGAGACGCGACCGCCCUUCUCCAUGCUCGGACACGGAGACUGCUGGACCAACAAUUUUGUGUUUAGGUAUGACGACGACGGCCAUCCGAUCGAGGUCAUGCUGCUGGACCUGCAGCUGUGUCGCCAGGGCUCCCCCGCCCUCGACCUCCAGACCUUGAUGUACUCGAGCAUCAACGGCGCCUUGAGACGGACCUCCCUCCCACACUUCCUGCAGGCGUACACGGCCUCCUUCGACGCCACCAUAGUCGCAGGAGGGACCUCUCCGCUCUUCACCGUGGAGGAACUGACGGAGGAAUACAACGCAAGGAAUAUGUACGGCGUCCUCAUGGCAUGCAUGUACAUCCCCCUCAUGGUGAUCGAUUCCGAGGACGCGCCGGACUUCACCAAGGUCGACGAUGACAAGGAGUUCUUCACAGAUCGCGUGGAGGAGGUCGUGCGGACAAUGGACGACAACCCGCUCUUGGGGGAGACGAUGUGCAGCGUCUUCGAUGAGUGGGUCGCCAAGGGACUCAUCUCCUGAUCCGCUGUGGAGACUGUACGGCUCUGCGGAUGGAGAUUUAGUUGUGGAUGAAGAAGCCUAUUGAAUAUUGCUAACCCUGGAAGCAUUUUCAGUUAUAAAUGUGGUGUAUUUUUGCAUAGAUAUGGAUAUGUAGACAGGUAGAAGACUCGGAUAAUAUGUACAUACAUACAUAUGUAAAUUAAUGAAUAUAUAGAUAGAUAUCUAGAUAUGCA